AUGACGACAACAGAUGUGAAAACGGGCGACCUAGUGCUUUGUAAGGUGGGUUCUUUUCCACCAUGGCCGGCUGUUGUGUUUCCACAAAGGUUACUUCGAAAGGAUGUGUAUCGUAAGAGGAAACAAAACUGUGUGGCCGUAUGUUUCUUUAAUGAUCCUACCUAUUAUUGGGAACAACCUCAUAGAUUAAGGCCUUUAGAGAGAACUAUGAUAUCAUAUUUUUUAAAGCAUGAUUACAAGACGACUACGCAAAAGGAUUUGAUUGAAGCAUAUAGACAAGCUCAAAAAUAUUCGAAUUUGAAAAGGUUCAUUAAAAGUAGGUUUAAUUCUGAAGACAGAAUUGAUGAUUUGAAUAAUGAGGAGAACGAAAAUGGUGAAGUAGAGUCGGGUGAAGAUCCAUUCUUGGGCAAGAAAGAUGAUCCAAGAAAUGUUAAAGACACAACUGCAAAUAAUAAGAACGGUAAGAAAAGUACUUCAUCGCCAGCGAAAACUAAAAAUGGUCUGAAAGUCAUUGCAUUUGACAGUGACGGGAAAGAAGAAUCAGAUAAAGAGUUUGAACAUAAUGAGGGGUAUGAUGCGGUCAAUGAACGAGAGCCUCAUAUUCACUAUAACAUUAAAAGUUCCAAUAGAUCGCAUUCCAGGCUGGACAGAUCUCGGAGAAUUGAAAUUGCUCAAUUAUUUCGUCGUAGAUUGCAAAAGAAUCUAAUCCAAAGGAACACUCCUCCAACUCAUGGUGAACUCCAGGAAUCUCAUAAAUUGCUGAAUAAAAUAUAUGAAAAUACUGGAGGAGAUCCGCCAUUUUUCGACUUGGCAGCAUUGAAACAAAGUAAAUUACAUAAACUAUUGAAAGUCAUCACAAAUACAAACGAUCUCGAAGAAUUCCAUCCAAUUUGCAAGGAUAUUCUAUUAAGUUGGUCAGAACUGAUACGAGAAAUUAAAGAUGCAAAACUUAAGGAGGAAUUGCCAAAUAAAAACGAGAGUACGACAGCAACAACAGAGGUUAAUUAG